AUGAUAUUUGCACCCACGAGUCCUACCUCUGGCCUAUAUCUGUCGCCUGCUUUCGCUCGAACAGGUUCACCGUGUUCUUCGGCAACCUCGCUUGCAAUUCCUGAGUUUGCACCUUCUAGUCCGGCAUUCCCUGAUACCAUAGAUACCUUGAAACCGCCCGUUCCAACCGUUUCGAAGCCUCUGUUUGAGAGAAGGGGUCGCAAAGUCCGUUUGAAGAAACGUUCUGUGUCAUCCUCCCCUCAACCACCGCGUCUCAAAAUACCCCUUCCGCCGACGACCAAUACCCUUGAUGCCACCGAGCGAGCUGAUCUCAUACGGAGAAAUCGCAAGUUGGUGCAACUGCUGGGAGAAACACCGGGGACUGAAAUGGCUACGUCGGAAGUAGAGGAACCACGCCUAUUUAAGAUAUUACCACAGCCUGCCUUCUCUGCUUUACUGGGAUCAUCCAAACAAAAACAUCAUCGCCACGCGAUGUCUGUUUCUGUCGCUGUGAAGACCCCCGGUUUCAAAUCGGAACCGUCAUCGUCAUGGCAAAUCCUAGACCGUCCGUCUUCGCCCAGCGGUCGCAGAUUUUCGGCUCCCUUCACUCCAAGUAGCUUCACAUUCUACUUUGACGAUCCGCCGGAAUCACCAGCCACUCACGAUCAUCACGGCCCGCACCGCCAUGAGGAUCCGCAGCACAAACUUGGUUCUCCAACUUCUUUCAUUGAUCUCUCUGACGAAGAUGUAUCACAUGACGUUUCGGACGCGGCCAGUUUGGAAAUGCCGAACACGGCAGAUGGUCGCCGAAUCUUCCAUCAUUCAUCCUCGACACCAUCUAUGGUGGAGACCCUUACACCCGAAGAGCAAGCCGAAGCCGAGAGAAGAAGAAAGCGUGACAAACUGGCUAAACUCCACCGUUUUCUUGGCUCUCGCGUUCCUACGGAUUUGGUUAUUGGUCAUAUAGCUGGUCCAUCUUUGCCUCCAUCGUCGAUGCCUGAGGACAGUCGCGACAUGUGGCUGUACAGGCGAAGGAGCGGUUCAUCUGCUCCAUCGUUUGAGCGUGUCAAGGAAGAGCUCGAUGAUGAGGAGAAGGCGCUCAAUGUCAGACGUGCUCAGAAGAUGGAAAAGCUAUUCGGGAUGCCCCCUCCACAAACAUUGUACCAUACUCGCCACGCUCCUGCGACGGUGGCGCACUCUCAACCGACGUCUCCUGUAUCGUCCCUUAUUACCCCGACUUACCUAUCCCCCAUUGGCACUGGUAUCCCUCAUCGUAAUCCCAACCAGUCUGCGUAUAUGAAAGGGAAGAGACUACAUCGCCCAGGAACUUCAGAGUCGACUACGUUCCUACUACCGUCCAACUCCUCCUCGUCCUCGUCCACCUCUCCAGAACGCCAGACGCCUGGGUAUCGGGAUACUCUCGCACUGUCUUCUGUGUACAUGAACUAUCAGCAUUCUAUCGCAUCCCUGACGGACAUCAUCGACCGAGUGAGUGAACCGACUUGGAGUCAUGUAAUAUGA